AUGGACAUUAUACUGGGUAUUAGAGUACAGGACUCGGUCAUUCUGGCCACUUCGAAGGCCGUGACGCGUGGUAUAUCGGUGCUGAAGGCAGAUGACGAUAAGACCAGGCAGCUAUCCCCUCAUUCGCUGAUGUCCUUCAGCGGCGAACCGGGCGAUGCAGUCCAAUUCUCCGAAUACAUACAGGCGAAUAUGCAGCUGUACAUGAUCAGGGAAAAUUACGAGCUGUCGCCACAGGCGCAGGCCAGCUACGUGCGCAGCGAGCUUGCGAAGUCGCUGCGCUCGCGUAAGCCGUUCCAGGUGAACGUCCUAAUUGGCGGCUACGACACGCGUGCGGAAAAGCCCGAGCUAUACCAGAUUGACUACCUAGGCACGAAGGUGGAGCUGCCAUAUGCCGCGCAUGGAUACUCAGGGUUCUACACCUUCUCCCUGCUGGACCACCACUACCGCCCUGACAUGACUACUGAGGAGGGUCUGAAGCUAUUAAAGCUAUGUGUGGAGGAAUUGCAGCGGAGAAUGCCGAUCGACUUCAAGGGCGUACUGGUCAAAGUUGUGGACAAGGACGGCAUCAGAGAUGUUGAGGAUUUCUAA